GCAAAUGAUGAAACACGCCGUGUAGUAUUUGAUCUUUAGGUUUAAAAUAAUACAGAUCACCUAGUCCUCGUUUCUUUUCACUUUUGCUUUGUAUACUAACAGACGAAAAGUCUGUUUUCUUUUUAAAAAUGACAACUUUGCCGAUCUUUUGGUUAGUUCCUUUGUUGUUUAUCCACGUUGAAAAGCAACAGAUCAUGGCCGUCGCUUUGAACAAAUCAAACUCGUUAAAUGAGUGUAACCAUCCACUUGGCGUUGGUGAUAGACAGAUUGCAGACAGUCAGUUAACGUCACCUUCCUUUGUAUCAACUUUAUACAUCGCAAAAGACGAUGUUUAUAUAAAUGCCAAGCCAAACUAUGGUCGACUGAAUGGUAAAUAUGCUUUCUGUGGAGGACGUCUCUCAUAUUUACAGGUCAAUCUUAGUUACGUUGUAAACGUGACAGCAGUUGCUACACAAGGUCUUGACGAUUGGGUACCAAGUUAUGUUAAAACUUACCAUCUUCGUUUCAGUUUAAAUGGUCAAGAUUGGUUCAACUAUAGCACUCCAAAUAAGGUUUGGCGAGGAAAUAUCAACGGUCGUGGCAUAAAACGAAACAAUUUCAACUCUUCUAUACAGACUCAAUAUUUACGUUUUUAUCCUCGACGUUAUAAUUAUAAAAGAUGUCUUCGUGUGGAAGUCUAUGGCUGCAAGUCAAGUGAUCCAGGUCAGUCAGAAAGCACUUCAACAACUACUCCCCUGACGACCUCAGUUACUGAUAAGAAAGUCACUUCUGUGGAAACUGAUGUAACAACUCCAAUGAAUGAUGCAAAGGUUGAUGUAACAACUCCAAAGAAUGAUGCAAAGGUUACUCCUAUGAAAGCGAAAGAUCUUUCUGUUACGAGUCAAUGGAAAGAUAUUGUGACUACGGAGGCUCCCGUUCUACCUUAUGAUGUGGAUCACAGCAAAAAUAAUGCAUUGUUAUUGGGAAUUUGUAUUGGAGGUGUUACAUUAAUUACACUGACGAUCAUUGUUUUCAUGUUGCUCAAAUUUAAAAAAGCCGAAAAUAGGGACGCCGAUAACAGAUUGGUCAAGAAAGAAUUCGUCUGACAUCUGCAUCAUCUCAAGAUUUUAAGGCCAGUUUUAGUUGUAAAAUAUUUAAAUGUCCUCCACAAACCCCUUUGAAAUUUUGGGAUGAUUGAUUCAGUGUCACAGUGUAUUAAAGAACAACGAGAUGCAGUAGUUUACUUUAACAAUUUAUUUUUUUUGAAAAAUUUCCUGAAAAUUGGUGACUUUAACGGAAUUUUUUCUUACUACUAACAUCACUAACAUAUAAAUUUUCUAUUGUUUGAACCUACUGUUCAAUUAAUCUUAUUAAAGUUCUAAUCAUACAUUUCAAAUUUCCAGUUAAAGAAGUACUAAUUUUCAGGAAAUGUCUCAUAAAUUUGCUUUAGGGAAUAUAUUUUUUCAAUUCUUCGUUUAAAAAACACGCGAUGUAUAUAUAACGAUAUUCAGUGUUUAUUUUGUGCAGAACUUCAGUGUAGGUUUGUGCUUGUGAGCCGGCUAUACAUCGCUCAGCAGCAGCUUAAAUUAGAAAAUGAAUGACUCAUUUUUGGGUACACAGCUCCAGAGUGAGUUUGUACAUAUUUGAAAAAUUAUUUAUUUUGAUUGUACCCAUGCAUGGAACUUCAGCAUUGCGCAAAAAUGAUUUGAAAUGGGAAAAAAUGUUUUGUAGAAUAUCGUUGCUACAAAUUAUGUGCUCACGAGAAAAUACUAUAAGUUAAAUAUAAUGAAUUUCAAAGGCAAUUCAAAAAGUUUUUUAGUCUUCAGUAAUUGAGAAGAGAAGUAUUGAAUGAUUUCAAAGCAUUUAAAAUCUAAACCUUAUCGUGGUUUCAUAACGCUUAUUAUUAUGUCACUUCCUUAGUAGUUCUCCAUAAAACUACAUAAAAAUCAAUCUAUGAUUGAUGUCAUGAAAGAAAUGUUGUUAAUAUUCAAAACUGUUCUCAAUUACUGAAGGCCAAAAGACGAAGAGUAUUUAUACACAAUGCCAGAGUGUG